AUGGCUGCUCAUCCAAAAAGCUACAAUCCUUUUGAUGAUGAUGAUGACAACAACUUGAAGCCAGUGAAGUGGAAUGUCAGAAAUGAUGAUUACGAUGACCCUGCUGAAAGACAGCACAGGGAAGGUACAGAUAAACAGCGAUAUCUGCAGCAAGAAGUUCUGAGGCGAUCCCAGGCCACUGUGGAUAGCACUCAUAGGUCACUCUCCCUUAUUUAUGAAUCUGAACAUGUUGGAGUAGACAUGUCGGAGGAGCUUACACGGCAGGGUGAGGCUUUGAAACGUAGCGAGCGAAUGGUGGACAAGAUGGAGCAAGAUUUAAAAACAAGCCAGAGACACAUCAACAGUAUUAAGAGUAUGUUUGGUGGCUUUGUAAAUUACUUUAAAGCCAAGCCACCAGAGACCAAGCCUGAGCAGAAUGGAGCCUCUGAUUAUCAAGCAAGCAACAAAUUAAAAGAAGCUACGGCAGCCAGUAAGGAACAAGAGUCAAAGUACCAGGAGACUCAUCCAAAUUUAAGGAAGCUGGAAAAUUCAGACUGCAGUUCCAUAGAAGUCAGUUCAAAUUCUUCUGUCCCAGCAGAUAAUUAUCCUAAGAAUCAAUAUCUCCGAUCUUACCACCAGAAAAUUGACAGCAAUUUAGGCGAAAUGUCUUCUGGGCUGGGCCGUCUGAAGAAUCUAGCGCUCGGCUUGCAGUCUGAAAUUGAGGAUCAAGACGAGAUCCUGGACCGCCUCACCACGAAAGUUGAUCAUCUAGACAUCAAUAUUAAAUCCACGGACAAAAAAGUCAGGCAGCUUUAA